UAAUAUUCUGUUAUGAACUACGUUAUGUCCUGAUCGUAUUCAGACGUUUUAGAAGUUUUAGACCACAUAUGUUUUGGUCAUAUCACUGAAGAGUUGAAAUCUGAUUAUCAUUCGAUCAUUGCAGCUAAAAUAUUAGAACUGUAAUGUAAAUGGUAAAAGCAACUGCUUUCUUUCGGAGCGUGUCCAUUCACCCACUCACUGUGGGUGCAGUUUGCAUGUUCUUAAAGUAAUUUUAAAGGUCUAGAAAUCAGAUAUAAUCAGAUUUUGGGGUGACAGUACAAGAGAUUUUAUUACCUUUGCUAAAUCUAUGGUGCUAAAAUGUUUGUUCCCUUCCCUGGAGUAUUUAUCAUCCCACCAGACUAUCGCAUUGCCCAAUUGCGUGUCUCGGUCACUCCCAUUGACUGUAUAACCCACGGUCGUCUGUUUCACGCUACAAGUACACGUGAAUAUUAGCGGCACAAGAGCGAAACACGGCGCUCUCAAAUCCGCGCGCGCUUUUCCUUUCACCUAAUGUCCCGCCUGCGUGUGACGUCAGCGCACAGAUGAUUCCUUGGGUGCAUCCCAUUUUUAUAUUCACUUUCCUCCUCACAUCUCAAAUUCUCAAUUUCGCAGCAUUAAAUCGCGCCCCGUAGUACCGAAGACCAAUGAGAAAAAGCCAGACUCCCUCUUUAAUAACCUUCUCUCCUCAAGAGUUGGAUUUUCAGUUGAGGAUCUGAGAAAGGAGGAGAAGGGAGGAGGAGUGAGCAGAGUUGCGAUACACCCAUAGUCUCCAUGGUUACGGUCCACACGCGUUAACAGAACACGCUGCGAACACGCGGGAAAUCCACUCAACAGCAGUGGUGUUUCCACUCACUGUUAUGUAACAGGAACCCGCUCCUUUCACGGAAUACCGCCCACAGAACGCAGAAAACUCAAUUUAUCUCUCAAGCUAAAUUUAGUGUGAGUGUGUUAGGGACAAGGCCUAUUCAAUCUAGUAGCCUAUGAGUAGUCAACAGAUUUUGAAGGUGAGCCUCAUAUUCAUGGCUUUCAGCUUCCUGUUAUAAUGUAACAUUUUGAUGAAUUCCCUUUCAAAAGAUAUAAUAUUUUAGAAAGUGUUGUUAAAUUAUUGUACAUUGUUAAUUGCUAUGGUAAGGGUCCUAAACGUUAUCUUUCUGAGAGUCAUGUAGCCAGUGUGUCAAUAUGCCAUGUCAUUGUCCAAAUACUGGACUUGCCCUUGUUCUGUACCCCCUAAUUUAUUAGAUUUUGUAUGUGUGUAUGAAAACCACGUUAUAUGACAUCAGGCCUGUCUCCAGGGUCCAUGGUGUAUCCUGGCUGCAGCCAGUGAUCACCUUAGUCCCAAUCUGCCAGUGAUCGGACAGACUUCUUGCAUUCCUGAUGUGGAAUGAAGCGGUAAAAUUAAGAUGACACUAGUAAAAUAAUCCCUUCAAGUAGGCUACACCAUGUCCUGUAAUACACUGGUUCACUGGCUGAUUACAGAAUGGGGUUCAGCAAGACACCUGGUGCGCCCCAGAAACAUAGUGUUCAUAUAAGAAUAUAUUCUAUGUGCAAAGAGUCCAUUUGCACAAACAGAUAAAAUGUUUCAACCCUUCUGAAGUAUGCAAAUACAUCCCUAAGUUAUUUGUGGAUACACUCAUUUUAAUAUAGCACUUCGAAAAUAAUGAAACGCUAUGGUAAACCAGCAAGAUAGUUUAAUUUAAUGUCUGUACUUUAUGUACUUAUAGAUGCUGCUGGUUCAAAGGACAUGAAUGUUAUGCAAUGACAGGUACAGACAGUUGCAUAAAAAACAACACACAGUGGUGGCCUUGGUACUUCUUGAAUAAUCAACUGAGAGGUCUUUAGAGUACUUUAAAUGCCAAAUGAGCUGCAUUUAUUUACUGCACAAAACAGGUCACUCAUUUUAAUGGAUAUGAAAAAAUAUAGGCAUGUAGAUAGGUGUGCAUGCUUUGACAGAAAUAUAGGUUAUUUUUGUUUUCAUCAAAAGUGUUUGCCAGGCAUCAAAGUUUAAAGUUAGCGUUCAUCACUCAUGGUAAGUUAUAGCCUAACACAGUAAAUGUGGAUAAAUCAUUCGUUUUAGCAUUCUCCCUGACUUGUUGUUAACGUUUGUUAGUUGGGUAAACGUCAAGGAUUCAGCACCAUGCAGUUACUGAUGAAACACAUAACAUACUGGCCUAUUUCAAGUAGUUAGAAUGUUUUAAGUUAUUGCCUGUAGAAGCCUCUACAGACCAUUAUAUUAGACACAUAUGAGCAAAAUACGAAUAUUGAUGUGUCACGUCUUCCUCGCCCCGCCCGUCCCGUCCUGGCCCAGUCCCAUGGCCCAGUCCCGUGCAGUGGAAAGUUGCACAUGCGCAGUGAGCUGUGUCCUGAACUGGAAUUUCCUCAGUUCCACGAGAAAGCCAAUUUUUCACGUGUUCUCGUGUGUUUACCGGACUAAUUCCACGUGUGAGCCGGAAAACUCCGCCUCUACACGGGGGAAGAAGUGUUCACACCCACCGAAGUUCAUAAAAGUUUAUCCGUCCAAUCUGAGAGAAAACUUGGAGAAAAUAUCAAGAAGCCUCCUCGUCGCAACCUUUACGCACCGUUGUAGGAGCUCGGUUCAGUUGAAUUACAACAACCUCGGGCGUCUUCUUCCUCCUGUUUUGACUCGUGAAUCAAAGGGAUAAACUCUUUUCAAUUCAACAUUAUUACAUUUUUUCACGUUGAAAGAACUUGACAUUGUAAAAACAUGGCUGCUCACAAGCGCAUCCUGGGAGCCCUGGGAAACGGGACGACUCGGAGAAAUCUCUUUGGGCCUGUGGACAGAGACCAGCUGCAGGUGGAGUACCAGGCUGCCCUGCGCAAAGACCUGGAGGAGGCCUCCAUCCGCUGGGGCUUUGAUUUCAUCCGGGACAAGCCCUUGAACAGCAGUGAUUUCCAAUGGGAGGGCAUCCCAGGCACUAAGGUGCCACUGCUGUACCGCUCAUGUAUGUUGGAACAAGCAGAGGGGAACAGCAUAGCAGCAGCAGUUUCCCACAAGGUGGAGUCACCUCAGAGUGACAAGGAAAACAUCCCACAAUCCCCAGAGAGAUGUUCACUGGACCUGAAGAAGUUAGAACGAACGCCAGAGCGAGGAGAGUUUACAGGUCUCAAGAGGAAACAAACUAACAUUACAGAUUUCUAUCAAGCCAAAAGGCGAGUUGUUGGAAAACCACGGAAGUCUGGAGAGUGAUGCUUUAUGACUGUUUAAUGUGGCGCUACCAAAACUGAACAAAACACAUUACACUCAAGAACUACACUGACUGCUCUGUAGCUGAUACAAGAAGAUGGAGGAGGCUGCGUUCUCUGUAAAUGUACAAUGGAAAGGACCUCUGGCUACAUUUAGCUGUCAUUAGUAUGAGGUUAAUUAGGGUACUGCUUUCUCUCUAAGCAGGGUCUUGUUUUCCCAGUGGUAAGAAGGGGACAUUUAAGCGCAGAGGAUUAGCAGUAAUCUCUCUGAAUCAGUGGAUUUAUACUCGUUUGGAUCAAGGGUAGGCUAUCAAGAGUUGACCGACAUUUCCUACUGAGUACAGCCUUGAAUACUGGAUCAUGGAUCAUCCUUCAGAAAAAAUAUGAAACAAAACUUUACUGAACACACUUGAAAGCAAAAUUGGGACCAUUUUGCUGCUAAUUUCUAUGUUUUUUUUAAAUACAAGUACUUGAUUUUUUUAUACAACAAUGUUCAGUUUUUGUACUCAUAAGAAGGAUUGUAAUCUACUGUACAUGAUCUUGCUUUGCUUUCUUGAUCAACAGAAGUGCCAUCUUGUUAGGAAUGUCCAUUGUAUUUUAGACCUUCAUCAGUACUCCUUCAACACCCUAACUUGUAUUGCAUAGAGUAAUGUUGCCCGAGAUUCCUUCAAACACUAAAAUAUAUCUUAGUUUGUUAUAUAGCCAUACUGUCUCACACAUUUAUUAUUUAGGCUCAAACAGCUCUGUAGCAUUUCCAGUAUUGCAGCAUUGCACAUACAUGGCGAACAGCUGGAGUGCAAAUUAUGUACCCCUGUAAAAUAAUACUGUAGUGGCUUUUAUAGUUGAAGCCUGAUAUUUGACAAUCAAAACAGUGUUGACAGAAGAAUGAUUUACUAAGCUACAAUAAAGCCAAGUGCUUUAUUCUUUAAGAAGGAAAGUGCAAUUUUGAAAUCCUGUCAUUAUCUGCCUCUAAAUAAAAAGUAUAUAUUUAUGUCUGCAAAUUCUGAGGGUUAUCUAUCUGGGUGUUGAAUAGGAAAACUUCUAUUUCUUACCUUAUGGUUUUGAAUCAUUCCCCAGUUUUAAGAAAUAACCAUAGAACUACCCCAAAACAGAAUUGCACUUCUGUUAAUAAAUGCAUAUGCACAGGAGCUAAAAGUUUUAUUUUAGGAACAAAUGUUUAUUUAUUGAAAAAUGUUCUAUAUAUAUGUAAUUUUAGAUAUAUGGUUGACAGUUGUAAAUUCAAUAAAAUGUUACAUAAAAAUGUA